AUGAAGCUCGCUACGGUGACGGCGGUGCUGGUGGCGGCACUGGCGGUGGCCGCCGGCCCCUCGGAUGCCGUCAGGGCCCGCCGGCGUCAUCGGCACGGACUCACGCGCCAUCGCCGCUAUGGACCAAACGUGUGUGGAGGAUCUCGGCAAGAGCCACAAUGCUGCCCGGGCUGGACCGAAAAGCCGGGCACCGGCAUGUGCCUACAGCCCGUGUGCAACCGCCGGUGUGGAAAGGGCCACUGCAUCCGACCAAACGUCUGCAACUGCGAACGAGGGAAGGGACUGUCUUCGUCAUGCAUCUCAUCGUCAAGCCAGUAUGCCAGCCAGGCAGCGGAGCAGCGCGUCUCCGCCUGCCAGACCAUGUGUCUCAACGGGGGAACGUGUAUCGGAGACAAGUGCCUCUGCAGGAAUGGCUACAAGGGCGACUACUGCAACGAACCGGUGUGCACGGAGGCGUGCCUGAACGGCGGACGGUGCAUCGGUCCGGACCGGUGUGCCUGCGUGUACGGCUUCACGGGACGUCAGUGCGAGGCCGACUACCGGACGGGGCCGUGUUUCACCGAGGUGAACAACGACAUGUGUCAGUCUCAGCUGGCCGGUGUGAUCUGCACCAAGCAGCUGUGCUGCGCGACCAUCGGCAGGGCUUGGGGCCACCCGUGUGAACACUGCCCGGCCACACUGCCUUGCGAGACUGGCUUCCUGAAGAACAUCCACAGCGGCGAGUGUGUCGACAUUGACGAGUGCCAGGCGAUCCCGGGUCUGUGCGAGGGCGGCCAGUGCGUCAACACGCCCGGCUCGUUCCGCUGCGAGUGCCCGGCCGGUCAGGUGCGGUCGGCCACCACCAACCAGUGCGUGGACGCCGACGAGUGCGGCCAGCCGGGCGUCUGUGACAACGGCCGCUGCGUGAACGUGCCGUCCGGCUACUACUGCACCUGCAACCCGGGCUACAUCCCCAGCCCCGACAACAAGAGCUGCAUGGACACUCGUCAGGGCAGCUGCUACAUGGAGUACUCGAACGGCAGGUGCUCGAAUCCCUUCCAGCACCUGUUGGCCCGAGUCGACUGCUGCUGUGACGAGCGACUCGGAAAGGCCUGGGGCGUGGACGACUGUCAGCGCUGCCCCAUACGCGGCACCAGUGAGCACCGGAGUUUGUGCGCGCAGUCGAGCGUCCUGCGUCUGAACGAGUGCGCCGUUCGGCCGGAUAUCUGCGGGAACGGCAAAUGUGUGGACACGGCCGACUCAUUCCGCUGCGAGUGUGACGCCGGCUACCACCUGGCCGAUGGCGCCGGCCCGUGCGUAGAUAUCGACGAGUGCGCGGACAGAAACGUGUGCCGCGGCGGUCAGUGUAUCAACACGGAGGGUUCGUACCGGUGCCAGUGUCCGGCUGGGUUCGACAUGUCCUCCGACCAGCUGCAGUGCAUCGAUCACGACGAGUGCCAGACCCGCGGGAUGUGCGCCAACGGACGCUGCAUCAACAUGGAUGGCAGCUUCAAGUGCGAGUGCGAGCCUGGCUACCAGCUGUCCCCCACCGGCUUCUCCUGCGUCGACAUGGACGAGUGUCUGGAGAACUCGCGGAUCUGUCUGAACGGUCGGUGUGUGAACGUGGGCGGCUCGUACCGGUGCGAGUGCGCGCGCGGCUACACCCACUCACUGGACGGCACUUUCUGUACCGACCUGGACGAGUGCCGAGACGGCAACGUCUGCCACAACGGCAAGUGCGCCAACACCGAGGGCGGCUUCCAGUGCCUCUGCCACGCCGGUUUCGUGCUCAGCCGAGACGGAACCACCUGCAUCGACAUUGACGAGUGCGCGCUGCCGGAUACGUGCCGCGGCGGAUCCUGCAUCAACACCCAGGGAAGCUUCCGCUGCAAGUGCCCGCCGGGCUUUACACUGGGUCUGGACGGCCGCCAGUGUGUGGACUCUCGUCGGGACUACUGUUUCGCGAUGCUGCGGGACGGCCAGUGCCUGAACCCGAGCACCACGCCGGUGACAAAGUCGCAGUGCUGCUGCUGCACCGUGGUCGUCAACCAGCCCAUGGGAUGGGGCACGCCCUGCCAGCAGUGUCCCGAGCCCGGCACCGACGAGUUCAACCAGCUGUGCCCCUUCGGACCCGGCAUGACGCACGAGGGCACCGAUAUCAACGAGUGCGCUCAGACGCCGGGAAUCUGUGCUAACGGCGCGUGUGAGAACCUGGACGGCGCGUACCGGUGUAUCUGCAACCCGGGCUACACGGCCGACGCGACGGGCAAGGCGUGCGUGGACCAGGACGAGUGUGCUAGCGACCCGCUUCUCUGUGACGGCGGCCAGUGUCGCAACAUCGCCGGCGGCUUCCAGUGCAUCUGUCCGAUGGGCACGGAGCUGAACCCGGCCACCGAUCGCUGCGACGACGUCGACGAGUGCGAGCAGCUGGGAGAGGACGCCUGUCUCAACGGGCGCUGUCUCAACACGCCCGCCAGCUUCCAGUGUAUUUGUCCCGAGGGCAUGGUACUAGACAGCACAAAGCGCGUCUGUGUUGACAACCGGAAGGGCUCGUGCUGGACUCAGGUGCGCAAUAACCAGUGCGAGGCCAACCUGCCGGGCGCUCUGCUGAGGUCAGAGUGCUGCUGCUCCGUGGGCCUCGCCUGGGGAAGUCCCUGUGAACUCUGCACGAGGGACGAGUGUCCCUGUGGGGCGGGAUACGCCAAGCGAGACGGCAAAACGUGCUCGGACAUUAACGAGUGCCUGCUCAGUCCGGACAUCUGUGAGGGCGGCGGUGUGUGCGUCAACACGGAGGGCUCGUUCACGUGCGAGUGUCCGGCCGGCCUGACGCUCGACUCGUCCGGCACCAAGUGUGUUGACCUGCGUGAGGAGGCAUGCCACCUGCGCUACCGUAACGGCCAGUGCAGUCAGGCGCUGGAGGGCACCUACAAGAAGUCUGUCUGCUGCUGCUCGGUCGGCGCCGCCUGGGGCAGCGACAGGUGUGAGCAGUGUCCGCCCCCGGGCUCGAGCGCCUUUGCUGAGCUCUGCCCUAAGGGAGCCGGCUUUAUACAGCUGAAGGACAUCAACGAAUGUACCGAAAUAGCCGACAUGUGCAAGAACGGCCGCUGCCAGAACACCGUGGGCAGCUACGAGUGCCACUGUAGCUACGGGUUCUCGCUGGACGAGGCCGGCGUCACCUGCAACGAUAUCGAUGAGUGCAGCAUCAUGACCGGCGUUUGCGGCAACGGCACCUGCCAGAAUACUCCCGGCGGAUUUGUCUGUGAUUGUAAUGAGGGCUUCGAGUCGACCAUGAUGAUGCAGGUCUGCAUGGACAUUGACGAGUGCUCUCGCACGCCGGGCCUGUGCCGCGGCGGCACGUGCAUCAACACCCCGGGCAGUUUCCGCUGCGAGUGUCCACCAGGGCACCAGGUGGCGCCCAACGGACGCUCCUGCAAAGAUAUCGACGAAUGCUCGCAAACGUCCGGCAUCUGCAGCAACGGCGUGUGUGAAAACAUGAUGGGCGCAUACCAGUGUGUCUGUGACAACGGAUAUCAGCAGACGUCUCAGGGCGCUCACUGCGAGGACCAGGACGAGUGUGGCCAAAACAACGGCGGCUGUGCCCACAUCUGCAAUAACAACAUGGGCAGCUUCUCCUGCUCCUGCCACCCGGGGUAUCAGCUACUGGGCGACGGUCGCACGUGCGUCGAUGUCGAUGAGUGCAAGAAGGGCGACGCCGUCUGCAACGGUGGCAAGUGCAUCAACGUGCCAGGCAGCUACCGGUGCACGUGCGAGGGAGGCCUGCAGUACGCAGAGGACGGCGUGGGCUGCGAAGACGUGGACGAGUGCGCGAUGGACCCGCUGCUCUGCCAGAACGGCAAGUGUGACAACACGCUGGGCUCGUUCGCGUGCCACUGCGACGCCGGCUACCGGGAGCAGGUGCAGCAGGUGGGCGAACAGAGCCGGCCCAGCUGUCAGGACGUGGACGAGUGCUCGGACGGCUCGUGCGACUGCGACAUCAACGCUGAGUGCACCAACACGCCGGGGAGCUAUGAAUGCACGUGCAAGGAGGGCUUCAGUGGCAAUGGCAUCACCUGUAUGGACGUCAACGAGUGUUUGCUGACCAGCAACGGCGGCUGCUCUCCGGACGCACAGUGCAUCAACACGGAGGGGUCGUUCAAGUGUGUUUGUGACGUGGGCUUCACCGGCGACGGCAAGACGUGCUCGGACAUUGACGAGUGCGCCGACGACCCGAGCCUGUGCGAGAACGGCCACUGCCUCAACUACCCCGGAUCGUUCCGGUGCGACUGCGAGAUGGGCUUCAUGCACCCCGACAUGUCCAACGAGAUGGCCUGUGUCGACAUCAACGAAUGCAGCAUGUUCAACAACCUGUGUGUGUUCGGCCGCUGCGAGAACAUCUACGGUAUGUUCCGGUGCAUUUGUGACGAGGGAUACCAGCUGGACAAGACCGGCGGCAACUGCACAGACGUCGACGAGUGCGUCAACCCACAGGCCUGCAUGUUCGGGACAUGUAUCAACACGGAUGGCGGCUAUGUCUGCAAGUGUCCGCCCAAUCACGAGCUGAUCGAGCAGGGCACCGGAUGUGUCGACCGGCGGCUGGCGCAGUGUUUCGUUGAGGUGGAGGAGAUCCGCGGCCGGAACGUGUGCAGCAUGAUGACGGGUCAGCAGGUGACGCGCGCCACGUGCUGCUGCUCGGUGGGCCGCGCCUGGGGGCCCACCUGCCAGCUGUGCCCGCAGCCCAACACACCCGAGUACGACCAGCUCUGUCCCAACGGUUUCGGCUACCGGCCCAACGAGGUCACGGUGGUGGUGGAAGACAUCAACGAGUGUGAGGACAUGGAGAACCUGUGCACGAACGGCCGCUGCACCAACACCUUCGGCUCCUUCAUGUGCACCUGCUACGACGGCUACCAGCUCAACGAGGAGGGCACCACUUGUGUCGAUUUGGACGAGUGCGUCGCCCAGCCGGAUAUCUGCGGCAUCGGCGAGUGCUCCAACAACCAGGGCUCGUUCACCUGCAUCUGUCCGGCCGGCUUCAUGCUGAUGCCCAACGGCCGGGACUGCGUGGACAUGCGCAAGGAGCCGUGCUACAUGCAGAUCUCGGAGGGCGUGUGCUCGCAGCCGAUGCGCAGUGACGAGACGCGGCUGCAGUGCUGCUGCUCCAUGGGCGCCGCCUGGGGACUCGACUGCAAGGCCUGCCCCGCCAAGGAGUCAGCCGAUUAUCGAGAGCUGUGCGGCAGCUCGGCGCCGGGACUGUUUGUCGACCCCAUGACCGGACUCAAGGAGGAAAUCAACGAGUGCGUCAUGAUGCCCGGCAUGUGCAAGCACGGCACGUGCGUCAACACACCGGGCAGCUUCCACUGCGAGUGCAACAGAGGGUACCGAUACGACGAGGCGUCCCACACGUGCAUAGACCAGGACGAGUGCCUGCAGUCGCCGUACCCGUGUCGCGGUAACGCCCAGUGUGAGAACACGGCCGGCAGUUUCCACUGCACCUGUCCGGCCGGCUACCGGCUGGCCAUCAGCGGCCUCGACUGUCUGGACGUCAACGAGUGCGCCGAGCGGCCGUCCGUCUGCAACAACGGACAGUGCAACAACAUGCAGGGCAGCUUCCAGUGCAUUUGCAACGAAGGUUUCACGUUGUCGCCCGCUGGAGAUUCGUGUAUCGAUAUUGACGAAUGCUCCAGAAACCCGAAUAUCUGCAACAACGGCGUGUGUAUGAACACACUGGGAUCGUACAAAUGCAGCUGCGACCCCGGCUUCCGACUGUCGAACAAUAACGACUGCCAAGACAUUGACGAGUGCCGCACGCGGCUGGACGUGUGCCGUAACGGUCGGUGUCGGAACACGGCCGGUUCAUUCAGCUGCGAGUGCGCCGAGGGCUUCACGCUGGCCGAGGACGGUUCCUCGUGCAGGGACGUGAACGAGUGUGUGGAGACGCCCGGCUUCUGCCCGCCGCCGGGCGACUGCCAGAACCGGAUCGGAACCGUCCAGUGUCUCUGUCCGGAGGGCUUCAAACUCUCACAGAACGGCACUCUCUGCGAAGACGAGGACGAGUGUGUGGCCGGCGAGCUGUGCGGCGGCGGCCAGUGUCUCAACGAGCCCGGCAGUUUCCGCUGCGUGUGCCCGCCCGGCUUUGAGCUGUCAGCCGACAGCACACUGUGUGAGGACGUGCGCCAGGAGGCGUGCUACGACUCGUGGCAGCAGGGCGUCUGCUCGCGGCGCCGGCCGCUGGUGCAGGGCCGCGCACAGUGCUGCUGCUCGGGCGCCGCCGCCUGGGGAACCAACUGCCAGCCGUGCCCAGAGCCGGGCUCGGCGCAGUUCGCCGAGCUGUGCCCAGGCGGCGCCGGCCGCGGCACGGGUGCCGAGGAUCUGAACGAGUGCCAGCUGAUGACGGAGCCGUGCGUCCGUGGAGAGUGUAUCAACACGGACGGCUCGUUCCGGUGCGCCUGUCCCAUGGGAUACGUGCUGGACGAGUCCGGACACAACUGCAUCGACGAGAACGAGUGCCUCACUCAGCCGGGCAUCUGCGGCAACGGAACGUGCAGUAACACGGAGGGCAGUUUCGAGUGCGCGUGCCAGCAGGGUUUCGCGGCCGGGCCGACCCAGUCGUGCGAGGACGUGGACGAGUGCCGCGACAUGGGCCACCUGUGCGCGUUCCGGUGCCACAACACGCUCGGCUCGUUCCGCUGCAUCUGUCCGUAUGGCUACAGCCUGGCCGAGGACGGCCAGCACUGCCUCGAUGUGGAUGAAUGCCAAACUCCUGCCAAUAACUGCCGCUUCCAGUGUAAAAAUCUGAUUGGAACAUUCAUGUGUGUCUGUCCGGAGGGCUAUCAGAAGAUCGGCAUGGGAGACAACUGCCAGGACAUCAACGAGUGUGCCGCCAAUCCGAACAUAUGCCAGAAUGGUUACUGCAUCAACACGAAGGGCGGAUACCGGUGCGACUGCAAGGAGGGCUACGUACCAUCUCCCGACGGCACCGAAUGCGUCGACCAGCGGACGGGCUACUGUUUCCGGCACCUGGUCGGCGGCCGGUGCAGCACGCGCGGCAAUGAGCAGCUCAUCCAGGUGACCAAGGCUGACUGCUGCUGUACGAUGGGCGCCGCCUGGGGUCCCGAGUGCGAGCGCUGUCCGGCGCGCUACAGCCGACCCUACGAGCAGCUCUGUCUGGAGGCCGGAUACUCCAUCGACGGCUCAGACAUUGACGAGUGCCGCACGAUUCCCGGACUGUGCCAGAAUGGCCGCUGUAUCAAUACGCUGGGAUCGUACAGGUGUAUGUGUAAUCGCGGAUACAAGCCAGAUCACACCGGAAUGCACUGUAUCGACGUGAACGAGUGCGUGCAGUCGCCGCCGGCCUGCCGGUACGACUGUGAGAACACAGAGGGCUCGUACCGCUGCCUGUGCCCGGCCGGCUUCGUACUGGACCUGGACGGCAGCAGCUGCCGCGACCUGGACGAGUGCGCCACCGGCCAGCACAUGUGCCAGCACGAGUGUGUCAACACGCAGGGCUCGUACCGGUGCUCGUGCCCGGCCGGCUACCGCCAGAUGGGAGACCAGUGCGCCGACGUCGAUGAGUGCCUGGAGACGCCGACCAUCUGCGGCGUGCCGGGCGCCUGCACGAACGUGGCCGGUAGCUACCGCUGCGUGUGCCCGGACGGCUACAGGAUGGACGCGGCUGGCCUGCUCUGCGAGCGCGACCAGCUCGACUACGACGACUACGACUGCGGCUCCGACUUCUGCGACGAGGAUAUAUCGCAAAACUGCCAGGAGCUGUUCGGGCGCACGACGUGCUCGUGCCCCGAGGGGUACGUGCAGAGCUACUACACGGGCCAGUGUGUGGACGAGGACGAGUGCACCCGGCACCCGUGUGGCUCGGCCUCCUGUCAGAACACGCUCGGCAGCUACCGGUGCCAGUGUCCGACAGGAUACCAGUUUAACGUCCAGAUGCUCGUCUGCGUGCAGAUGGCACCGCAGUGCGUCUCAAGCUCGUGCUCAUUCGGGUGCCAGCCCGGUCCCGGCGGUGCCGCCAGCUGCAGCUGUCCGCAGGGAUAUCACAGCUUCGGACAGGGCCACUGUCUGUCGACCAUCAGCGCGGCGAUGGGCGCCGGCUGGGCGGGCCAGCACGCCUCGUUUAGCUCGUACCAGCAGCUGAGCACGGCGACGGACACGAGCAACAUCAUCAGCACCGAGGGCUGCUACUCUUGCCAGAUAAACGGACGCAAGAACCGCGGUCGCCGCAGCGUGUCGUCGGAACACGACGGAGCAUGGCAGGCACAGCGCGUUUCUGAACCUACCGACGCGCGGUCACCAAAUCAGACUGCUCCCAAUACCGACCAGCAAAACGAUGAGCACCGCCAUAGGAAACAUCAGGAGAAACUGCUAAAGUCACACCCUGACAAGGACCAUGACGCGUUAUACGUUGUCAUAAAGCUGGCGCAAGCAAAGAAGAAGGCGAAGAUAGUUCGCCUGCAGCCAGCGCUGAAGGAAUUACAGUAUAACAUCCACUACUCGAUCGUCCCUGGUAAGAACUCUGAUCGGUUCCUGCUGAUGACGAGGAACGGCAUCACCUCGCUGCACUUUGUGCAUCACCAGCAGCACGCGGGUGUCUACGAUCUGCUAAUAGCCAGCAAGAUGAUCCACCAAGAGACCGGUCUUCCUGCCGACUACCAGCUCCACCUGCCCGUCAAAGUAGUGGUGGUAGAGUAGUGUGUCGCCGUGCCGCGCGUUUGCCAUGUGGCCUUUUGUGCCGGUCGUUUGGGCCGAGUGCCGAGAGCGGAGAUUUUUUACUAGCCAGUCAGCCGGUCAAACUGCCCGACCGGGCCGGCGUAGCCUAAGUUCAACUGUAUGUGCCAUUCGAGUCGUUUGACAGGAGCUCCGAUGCGGCCGUCGCCGUCCACGUGUGACGCCGGUGUCAGGUCUGUGAGGUGGGCUGCGGGACUGAGAUGGGUGGGUCGCGGCCGAGCCACUCAAGAAGCGGCUGCAACCCUCCUUCACGGGAGUUUCUGUGUUCGAUCGAGACUUUGCAGUGUUAAAUUUGUGCUGUUUUGUGUGCAUGUUUCUGCAACGUCGAGGAGAAAGGAGAGAUAGGAUGAAAAGGAGGGGGAACUAAUCAAAGAGCAGUCUCACCGUAUGUAAAUGACCAACUUUCCGGUCUAUUGAAUCACGAUGACUCUCGACCAAUUCAAAUGCUACUCUUAUUACUUAACGCUACAUUACUUUAUCAGACUGGUUUGAUAUAAAAGCGAGGUUUAAACAAGGCGACUGAUCCAUACACACUCGACAGUUUUGGCGACCUCGAUGCCACACAAACGUUUAGGCCACCCGCGUCAUAUUUUAACGUCAUGUAUCGUCAUUUUUUUACACGCAUCAGUUUCCUCACGAAACUUGUCUCUGUAUACUAAAAUUUGCUUCGCUUGUGCCGUAUGUUUAAUAGAAAUACAGUAACGUUUCGAUAAAUGCACGAUAAAUCCAGUCGCUCGACACUUCAAGAAGCUUACAGAGCCUGUUGCUAAUUAUGCACUGACCAAUGACGUUGAUGUAGUUAAUGCCGUUAUACCAGUUGCUGCACACCUUUCACUCAUUAAAUGCUACAUAUUUAGUUUACACAUAUCCUCUCUGGGACCACACGAUGAACCCAUCGGGACCAAUGUUAGCGUCUAUGUGGACUACUGGCAGAUACGUCUUCAAUCUAUUCCAGCAAAAUAAGCCCAUUUUGAGUCCCUCAAUCGAAGUCUUCCAUGCUGUUUUAUAAUAGCUCCGACCGGUUGUAUAGAUACUGCCUGCCAUUGUCUGAUGUAGAAUUAUGCAGUUAAUGAAUUAUGUAUGAAUGCAUGUCUGUGUGCUCGCGCCGUGGAUGUGUGCACAUGUAAUGACGUGUGCUGGUGCGGGUGCGGGCUUUGUGCGGACUGUGGAGUAAACAGAGAGAAGCCGAAGGUGCCUUGCGUGGGUCUUCUCUCGCUUGUUACCAUGAAACUUGCCACCAUAUUUCCUCUUUCCAUCUCUCUUCUCUUCUAUGCCCCAUUGCUGGAAGAAUGGCUUAGAUGUUGAAGAAAGAUGUGAUUGAGCUAAAUCGAAACUGCCGCUAUGCGAUUCGCGUCGAGUGUUUGUCCAGUAGUUGCGUUUUCUAGUCCAGGUGGCAGAGCUAAGGUCACCGCGCACCGAGUGCUUCUGACUAGAUCAUUGUCACGAGUGACAGCUUUUAACGACUUUAGCAUUGUUACUUUGUGACUAAUACAUCAAGCUUAUUCAUGUUUAGAUGCGUGUGCGUGGAAAGAUCCCGUGAAGACGGCUGAGAAGUGUUUGUGGAUAUUCACACGACGCGUGGCCGGAUAGUGCGCUGUGGCUGGUCGUGGCUCGAGCGAGACUUGCCGGCGCCGACCGGCGUGUGGCGUGAUUGGUUCUGUGCGUAAACGGGGUGAAAUACGCGGAUCGAUGCAUGUGCUGAGCCUGAUGAUUGUGUCCUCAUGUGAUAAUACAUGGGUGAACGGGA